CGAGGGGCGGCCCGGAGCCCGGCGCAGCGGCACCGGGAGCAGCAGCAGCCCGCGCCCCGCCGCCGGUGGCUUCUCAGGCGGCAGCGGGGGCAGGUGCGGGCGCUUCCGCGUCGCGCUGCGAGGAGGAGCAGGACGAGAAGGAGGAGACGGCUGCGAGAGCGGCGGGCGGCGCGGCCAGCGGCCCGGAGCCGGGCCGGCGUGCCCGUGGGCGUGCUCCCCGGCGGGGAGGACCGCCCGCCGCCCACAUCCCCGCCGCCGCCGCUAACUUUGCUUCUCCGCAAAGAGCCGCCCGCCGGCAGACAGAGGGUCGGCGGAGCCGGGGUCCGAGCCGGCCCCAGCGAUGAAGGGCCGGCGACGGUGGCGAGGCGAACAUCGCCGCUUCGCCGCGGUGCUGGUGCUGUACACGCUGCUGCUGCUGCUGCUGGUGCCCUACGCGCUGGACUACGGGGCUAGGCGCGGGCGAGCGGACGAGGAACCGCUGCUGCGGCGCUGCCCAAGCCUGGAGGAGGCGCUGAGUGAGUGGGGCUGGGAGCAGCGGCCGCCGCUGGACGAGGAAGAGGAGGAGGAUGAGGCGGGCACGGCCGGGGCGGCGGGUAACGGCAGCGCGGGGACGGCGGGGAAGCGGCACAUCUACCUGCACGCUACCUGGCGAACGGGCUCCUCUUUCCUCGGGGAGCUCUUCAACCAGCACCCCGACGUCUUCUACCUGUACGAGCCCAUGUGGCACCUUUGGCAGGCGCUCUACCCGGGGGACGCGUUGAGCCUGCAGGGAGCCCUCCGCGACAUGCUGCGCGCCCUCUUCCGAUGCGACUUCUCCGUCCUGCGCCUCUACACCGCCCCGUCCGGCCCCCGCGACCCGCUGGCCCCCGCCCCGCCCGCCGCCGACAACCUCACCACGACCAGCAUCUUCGGCUGGCGGACCAACAAGGUGAUCUGCUCGCCGCCGCUCUGCCCCGCCGCCCCGCGGCCCCGCGGGGAGAUCGGCCUCGUCGACGGCGCCACCUGCGAGGAGACGUGUCCGCCGCGGGCGCUACGGGAGCUGGAGGCCGAGUGCCGCAAGUACCCGGUGGUGGUCAUCAAGGACGUGCGGCUGCUGGAGCUGGGCGCGCUGCUGCCGCUGCUGCGGGAGCCCGGCCUCAACCUGCGGGUGGUGCAGCUCUUCCGCGACCCCCGCGCCGUCCACAACUCCCGCCUGAAGGCGCGGCAGGCGCUGCUGCGGGAGAGCGUCCAGGUGCUGCGCAGCCGCCACCGCGCCGAGCCGCGGGGCCCGGCCCGCCACCAGCAGCAGCAUCUCCUGCUGCCGGCCGGGCUGCUGGGCGGCGGGCGGCCGCCGCAGCCGCAGCACCGCGCCGAGUUCUUCCUCGGCGGCGCGCUGGAGGUGAUCUGCCAGUCUUGGCUCCGCGAUCUCCUCCUGGCCCGGCGCGCCCCGGACUGGCUCCGCCGCCGCUACACGCAGCUCCGCUACGAGGACCUGGUGCGGGAGCCCCGCGCCGAGCUGCGCCGCCUGCUGCGCUUCGCCGGGCUGACGGUGCCGCCAGCCCUGGAGGACUUCGUGCUCAACAUGACCCGCGGAGCCGCCUACUCCUCCGACCGGCCCUUCCUCAUCUCCGCCCGGGACGCGCGGGAGGCCGUGCACGCCUGGCGGGAGCGCCUCAGCCGCCAGCAGGUGCGGCAGGUGGAGGCGGCGUGCGGAGAGGCCAUGAGCAUCCUCGCCUACCCCCUCAGCGCCGGCGACACCCGGUAGCGCCCGAGCCCCACGUCCCGGACGGGCGCCGUCGGGCAGAGCUGAGCGCGGGGGUCACCGCUGCCAUGGUAGGCGCCCACUUGGUGGGCCGGGCGCUCCCUCGGGGGCAGCCCCGGCUGAGGGACACUCGCCUCGCCUCGGGUACAGGCAGCGCUGCAGAGCCCAGGCACUCCCUGCCACUUUGGCUUCAUUGUGGUUUGUGUGUGUUCCUUCUGGGCUGCGUGGAGAGGGCAGGGGGAUGUUUUAUUUAUGAGAAGGGUUUGGUGAGAGGCGUCCUCUCCGAGUACGGCAUCACUCUUGGAGCCUUUUAGCAUGAAACCGUGACCCUGUAUAAAGCACGGGUAUGCUACAAACAAACUGCAUGAAAAUUUAAAAAUCCCCCAGGUGAAGACUCUCAGCAAGGAACUAGAGGGCCUGGAAGGUGCUUCUGUGAGAGCAUUGCCCUUCUGGAGCUCUGAAUCACACUGACCUCUGGCCUACUGCUGCUGAAACACAAGAGGCUUCUGUGAAGUCUGCGAGGUCAGCAGGGCCCUGGACAGCCAGGAGGGUGCCUGCUGCAGGGUAGGACUCAGCUCUCCUGCUCCAAACCUGCUCUGCAGGGAUGGUCUCUGCCCCUAUUCAUUGCUGGUGCUGUAGGGAGGGGGCUGAGGGAAGGGGAACUGUGUCCAACUCUGUCCAUCCUUCUGAGCAGCAGGGUAUGCAGUCAUGCAGAGAGGGAAAGCAUUCGCCUGCUUAUGUGUUUCAAAGAUAUUUGUGGCAGAAAUCUUUGCUUUUCAUAAGAAAUCUGGAAUUGUUUUGAAAGUAGGAUUUUUUUUUUUAUAUACAUAUAUUGAUAUAGUUUGGUGAUACUCAUGUGAGAUGCUGGUGACUAACAUGUUUCUUUGGAACACGUGUAGGGGUGAAUGAAACUGGAAGGCAAAUGCUCGACAUUUCCGUUUUGUUUUCUCCGUCAGAUGAGAGAAUCACUUUUCUUCUCUCUCUUCCGGGCUGACACAUUGUGCCGUGCUCAGGGUCCUCCUGAUCACAUCCCUGCCAAACAAUAACAUCCUCUCAGCUGGCAACUCCUGGACAAAAACAAAUGUUUCCUAAGAGGCUAAGACAAAUUAAUCUUGAAGUUCACAAAUAAAAUCUUUCAUUGAAAAAACAAACAAUUGAAACAAGCAAACAAAAAAACCCCUGGAGUUUUAUUUUGGAUUUUAAAAUUAUGUGUUCCUGCAGAUAUCCUGCAACUUGUGCCAGAAGGUGUGUGUGUGUAUCUGCAAGUAUCUUUGUUUCUUAAUUUCUUGAAGUGGAGAUAGAAGGUUCAGUUGUAGUUUAGGGCUGCAGUUUCCUCAUUUCAUAGAGACUGCUUUUGAGUCUGUUACAGUCUGGUAGUCUUUAAAUGGCCCCACAAGAAUGAACAGGAUUUUAGGGAUGCUUAUAUGUGGUCCUCAUACAAACCCAGAAUAUGGAUUUCAAAUUGAGAAUAAUCCAGGAUCAGAAAGAAAGCGGUAUUUAUAUAAAAUGCUGAAAAUAAAGGCAGUUCAAAAAUGUUAUGUUAUCAUGGAGGAGGUGUUUGAAUUACACUGUACAUUUUUGUGCUCUUGAAUGUUAUGUUGUACAGCAUGACAGUAAGUUAGGAUGAACCUUCAUUUAUUUUAGCCCUUUUUUCCCUUGAUCUUCCCAUCUGAGAGUAUGUUGGCACAAGAGGCAGGUUUCUUUCAUUAUCUGACAGGAAAAUGUAGCCAUAAAAAUGUUUUUAAACAAAUUUAUCCAUUUUCCUGUAGCGUACUUCCUACAGUUUUGCAACCUUGGGCUUCUGCUUGAAGUAAGAAUUAAAGGGUUUCAUUUUGUGCUGGGAAAUCUUGUGUAUUAUCUAAGGGAUGUUUCUGCAUUCUCUCACAGUGCCUGUGACACCAAAAUUUGUCUCUGGGUGUUUCAGUGGCAUUUAAUAAUGGUAUUUGUAUAGAUAGACAAUACCUGUACAAUGCCUUGGUAACCUGUGUCAGGUAACCUAUUUUGGAAGGCUUUUCUGGGACUACACCCAGCCUGGCUUGCACUGACAGGUUUGGAAAGAAAUUAAGAUUUUUGUGCAUGCCAAAAGAUUAUAUGGUACUUAUUUUCUUAAAUUGAAUGUGAGAUUAAAAUCCAGUAUAUCCUGUUGAUUUUUUCUUAGCAAGUUGCAGUCACAGAAUUGUGUGAUGCAACAGUUAAGCAUUCUCCUCAUCCUGACAGGGAAUCUCAUCAUGCCAUUUCAGGUGGUAAAUAUCUUUCAUCAGUCUUUCAAAAUUCACACUUCAUUUCACUUAAAAUGGUUCAUCAUGAUAAGCUAAGAAGUGCUAACAUCUAGCUUUACUAGAUUCUUAUAGCUGUGGGGAAAUCCUUUUAUUGGAAAUUAUUUGGUAUUUUCUGAAACUGUUUCCAUGUUUGAGCUGCAGAGGUGGUGAAGGGUGAGAAGCAUCUGAGGUCACUUGGUGUGUUCAGCCUGGAGGAGACUGAGAGGAGAGCUCAUUGUAGUCCACAGCUUCCUCAUGAGGGGAAGUGGAAGGGCA